GGAAGUGUCCGAUUGGCCGAGUCUCAGGAGCCCUGAGUGGAGAGAGUUCCGCUGGCGGCGCUCUGGAGUCGGGACGAGUCACAGCCGUACGACAAAAUGGCGGCCCCAGUUGCUGAGGGGCGCGCGGCGGGAAUAAGCCGGCCCCUAGGGGUCAGGCGGAAGGCAAGCCUCACACUAUGCGGCCGGCGCUGGAGGCGUUCGGGGGUCGGCUACCGUCACUUCCGGCCGCUGGGGGACUGGGUUCCGUACGACAACAUGGCCGCGCCUAGGUGCCUGGAGGGGGAAACUGCGACUUCCGGUCCAGAAUAGGGCCUGCGGUGGGAGGGGGAAGGAAAGAGGAGGGGACCAUGCGAGCUUCUGCUGUCCGCGCUGAGGGUCGCCCCGAGAGGCCGUUUGUGAGCAGGAGUUACCAAGUCCCCAGCACUCGCUCCCUCCGGGGGAUCUGAUCCUCCAUGGCCGCCGAUAACAGCAUCAUUGUGCUGGAUGAUGAUGACGAAGACGAAGCAGCGGUGCAGCCGGGGCCCUCGCACCCACCCCCCAAUCCGGCCUCACCCCCGGCUGACGCCCCUGCCUCCUCUCAGCCCCAUGGGGCUGGAGGGAACAGUAGUUCAGGCGGCAAGAAAUGCUACAAGUUGGAGAAUGAGAAGCUUUUUGAAGAGUUCCUUGAACUGUGCAAGGCGCAGACAGAGGACCAUCCUGAUGUGGUCCCGUUCCUCUGUAAACGGCAGCAGCGUGCCCACGCUCUGUUUUUGGCCUCAGCGGAGUUCUGCAACAUCCUCUCUCGGGUGCUGUCUCGGGCCCAGAGCCGACCGGCUAAGCUCUACGUGUACAUCAAUGAGCUCUGCACUGUUCUCAAGGCUCACUCGGCCAAGAAAAAAAUGAACAUUGCCCCUGCGGCCACCACCUCUAGUGAGCCCUCUGGGAGUAACCCUCCUGCAGACCCCUCCUCAGACCCCACAAAUGCCGAGACCACCGGCUCUGAGGCCCCAAGGACCCGUGGCUCCCGGCGGCAGAUCCAGCGCUUGGAGCAACUGUUAGCGCUCUAUGUGGCAGAGAUUCGACGGCUGCAGGAAAAGGAGUUGGAUCUCCAAGAAUUGGAUGACCCAGACUCCACAUACCUGCAGGAGGCAAGGCUGAAGCGGAAGCUGAUCCGUCUCUUUGGGCGGCUGUGUGAGCUGAAAGACUGCUCUUCACUGACAGGCCGAGUCAUAGAGCAGCGCAUUCCCUACCGUGGCACCCGCUACCCAGAGGUUAACAGGCGCAUUGAGCGGCUCAUCAACAAGCCAGGACCUGAUACCUUCCCUGACUAUGGAGAUGUGCUGCGGGCCGUGGAGAAGGCAGCUGUUCGGCACAGCCUUGGCCUCCCCCGACAGCAGCUCCAGCUCAUGGCUCAAGAUGCCUUUCGAGAUGUGGGCAUCAGAUUACAGGAGCGACGCCACCUUGAUCUCAUCUACAACUUUGGCUGUCAUCUCACAGAUGAUUAUAGGCCAGGCAUUGACCCUGCCCUGUCAGACCCUGCCCUGGCCCGGCGCCUUAGGGAAAACCGGAGCUUGGCUAUGAGCCGACUGGAUGAAGUCAUCUCCAAAUAUGCGAUGAUGCAAGACAAGAGUGAGGAGGGCGAGAGACAGAAGAGAAAAGCCCGGCUCCCCCAAGCCACCUCUUCCCAUUCUCCAGAUCCCCCCAAAGCCUCCUUGGAUUCUGGUGAGGGCCCUAGUGGAAUGGCAUCCCAGGAACACCCUACCUCCUCUAAGGCUGAGACAGAUGAUGAAGAAGAUGAGGAAAGUGAUGAAGAGGAGGAAGAAGAGGAGGAGGAGGAGGAGGAAGAGGAGGCAGAAGAGGAAGAGGAGGAAGAGGAGACUACAGAUUCCGAAGAAGAGGGGGAUCUGGAACUGAUACUGGAAGGUCAGGAGGAGGAGGAGGAAGAGGAGGAAGAAGCCCCCGUGUCUGUCCGGGAUGAGGAGGAGGAUGGAGCCACCUUUACUGUCACAAGCCGCCAGUAUCGGUCCCUUGAUCCCUUGGCCCCCACACCUCCCCCGCGUUCCUCCCGAAGGCUCCGAGCUGGCACCCUGGAGGCUCUGGUCAGACACCUGCUGGAUGUCCGGACAUCAGGGGCUGAUGUGACCUUCACAGCAACCCUCCUGGCCACCCACCGGGCCUUCACCUCCACGCCUGCUCUGCUAGGGCUCAUGGCUGACAGGCUGGAAGCCCUUGAAUCUCAUCCUGCUGAUGAACUAGAGAGGACAAAAGGGGUAGCCAUCUCUGUGCUGUCAACCUGGCUGGCCUCUCACCCUGAGGAUUUUGGCUCUGAGGUCAAGGGUCAGCUUGACCGGCUUGAGAGCUUCUUGCUUCGGACAGGGUAUGCAGCAGGGGAGGGUGUUGGGGGGGGCAGCGCUGACCUCAUCCGCAACCUCAGGUCCCGGGUGGACCCCCAGGCCCCCGACCUUCCUAAGCCCCUGGCCCUCCCCGGCGAUCCCCCUGCUGACCCCACGGAUGUCCUGGUGUUCCUCGCUGACCACUUGGCCGAACAGCUGACCCUGCUAGAUGCGGAGCUGUUUCUCAAUCUCGUUCCCUCUCAGUGCCUGGGGGGCCUGUGGGGUCACAGAGACCGGCCGGGACAUUCCCACCUCUGCCCAUCUGUGCGAGCUACUGUCACACAGUUCAACAAGGUGGCAGGGGCAGUGGUCAGCUCUGUCCUGGGGGCUAUCUCGACUGGAGAGGACCCGGGGGAGGUGACCAUACGGCCACUCCGUCCGCCCCAGAGGGCCCGGCUUCUGGAGAAGUGGAUCCGUGUGGCAGAGGAGUGCCGUCUGCUCCGAAACUUCUCUUCAGUUUAUGCUGUGGUGUCGGCCCUGCAGUCCAGCCCCAUCCACAGGCUUCGGGCAGCCUGGGGGGAAGCAGCCAGGGACAGCCUCAGGGUCUUCUCCAGCCUCUGCCAGAUUUUCUCUGAGGAGGAUAAUUAUUCCCAGAGCCGGGAGCUGCUGCUGCGGGAGGUGAAAGGGCAGCCCUCUCUGGAGCCGAAUUCCAGGAAGGCCCUGAAGUCUGGCUCCCGGGGUGGGGGUGUGGUCCCGUACCUUGGCACCUUCUUGAAGGACCUGGUGAUGCUGGAUGCAGCCUCCAAGGAUGAGCUUGAGAAUGGAUACAUCAAUUUUGACAAGCGGAGGAAGGAGUUUGCUGUCCUUUCUGAGCUGCGGCGGCUCCAGAAUGAAUGUCGUGGCUAUGACCUCCGACCCGACCCCGACAUCCAGCAGUGGUUACAGGGGCUCCGGCCACUGACAGAGGCCCAGAGCCAUCGAGUGUCCUGUGAGGUGGAGCCACCUGGUACUGGUGACCCUCCUGCCCCUCGAGUGCUUCGGCCCACGCUGGUCAUCUCGCAGUGGACAGAGGUUCUUGGCUCUGUUGGGGGUCCCACCCCGCUUGUCUCCUGGGACCGGCCCAAUGUUGGGGGAGAUGAGGUGCCUGGAAACCCUGCUCCUCUGUUGACCCGCCUGGCCCAGCACAUGAAGUGGCCAUCUGUGUCAUCUCUGGACUCUGCCCUGGAAAGCACUCCAUCCCUACAGAGUCCAGCUGGCCCCAGCCACCUGUCCCCACCAGCAUCCUCUCCUAGGCCUUCUCGAGGUCACCGCCGUUCAGCUUCCUGUGGUACCCCACUCAGUGGGGGUGCAGAAGGGGCCUCCAGGGGGCCUGCAUCCGGGGGAGGGGGCUCUGGGCCAGGGGCUUCCGAUUGUCGAAUCAUCCGAGUCCAGAUGGAGCUGGGGGAAGAUGGCAGUGUCUACAAGAGCAUCUUGGUGACAAGCCAGGACAAGGCUCCAAGUAUCAUCAGUCGUGUCCUUAAGAAAAACAAUCGUGAUUUUGCAGUGGCUUCGGAGUAUGAGCUAGUGCAGCUGCUACCAGGGGAGCGAGAGCUGACCAUCCCACCCUCGGCCAAUGUCUUCUAUGCUAUGGACAGAGCUUCACACGACUUCCUCCUGCGGCAGCGGCGAAGGUCCUCUACUGCUACCCCUGGUCUUGCCAGCGGCCCCUCUGCCUCAGGAACUCCCCCAAGUGAGGGAGGAGGGGGUUCCUUUCCCAGGAUCAAGGCCACAGGACGCAAGAUUGCCCGGGCACUGUUCUGAGAAGGAAGCUCAUGGCUCACAGAACUAUUGGUGACCACACCAGAUGUGGGUAGCCAUGCUGAAUGGUGGCAGUUCUAUUGCAUUGGGAAGAAACCCAGAAAGGUGGCCAGCUACCCUGGGGCAGUGAAGUGCCACUGGUUUGUCAGACAGCCAAGAGCUCCCGCCCUGUGGGAACUGGUAAUGACAUUGGAUACCUGUGUAUAACCACCCUUUCCAUGAAUGCAGCACAUGGCCAUGUUGUAGCAUGCCAAGGGAAGGCCUAACAGGGGGAGAAGAAAGACCUAGAGGCUCUGAGUCCCAGGAAGAGAGGACGGCAAGAAGUAGGUUCCUGUUCUGGGGGUUCCUGUCACUGUGACAACACUAAAAUAAACCAAAACACUACCUGAGUUCUA